AUGAAGCGCUCUAUUUCCCCGAAUGCACGGAAAUCUCUCAAACUAUCUGGUCUGAGUCCUCGUAGCAGUUCAACUAAACAUGAUUGGGAUUCUGUUGGAACGAUCAAAUUUUUUACUGACAAAGAUGAUGAUAUCAGUGGUUUGGAUGAAGCGAUGCGAAACAUUAGUAUGGGUGCAAAACAGUCCACAGAAGCAAAUGUGCAGUCCUCCUCGCUUACUGAUGGCAAAGAAUCUACGUCGUGUGCUACAUUUAUUGAUGAGUUAAGCCAGCAGGGUAAAUCAAUAGUUGAGAUUGCUGUUGAAGCGACAACUAUUUCUGAAUCUGCUAGCCUUCUGGAUUCAGUUGAUUCAAAUGAGUCAGAGAAACCUGUACAUCGUGAUGAUGAUGAAUCUCUAGGUGUAUUCUCAUUCAGUAAUGAUUUAAAUAUGACAUCAAAUAUGUUUCCGAAUGCUGCUUUUGUAUCUACGGCUGGCGAUGAAACUACCACAUUUUACAUGAAUGAGUCUCAGGAUAUAUCGCUAUCAAAGCCAACCAAUCAUGCUGCGUUUUCACCAAAAUCCAAUGUCAACCGUAAUCUGAUAAAAACAAUAUCAUUAGAUGAUGAUUCAGAUGUUCACUCUCUUUCAGAUGUACUACCAAGUUCAUCUACAGAUUUUAAGUCAGCUCCUAGUACAACUGUUGCGUCCAACCUUGAUUUUUAUCACUCUGGAAGUAACAGCAUAGCAUUUAAUGAAUCCAGUGAAAAAACUAGCUCUAUCAUGGGUAAUCAACUUGAUUCACAAGGAAGUAUUUCUCAUGAUUUAAUAAAAUCACCAACAAAUAUCAAUAAUGAUAAGACAAAGAAAAUAUCUGAUCCCAACUAUCCAUCGUCUUUGGUUGGUUCAAUCACCCCAUCAUUGUCCACGCGUAUGAAAAGCGAUUCAUCUUCAUCAACAUUUAUGUCCAAUAAAGUUACUGAACCAAGCUAUGUUGGCAUUUCAAAUAUUGAUAAUUCGAAAUUUAUUUCCUCUAAUCAUCCUUCAUUUCUUCUGGAAAGCACAGAAAUUAAACAACGGCGUAUUGGUACUACAAAUACUAUAUUAGAGCCUACAAGUGUCGGGGUUUCUUCAAAGCAGGAACCGCGCAAAACCUCGAAAUCGAAACUACAUCGUUUACCCUUAAAGAAUAAGUAA